UUAUGAUACUUUUAUUAGCAACUACUUUGACAUCCUUCGGCGUGCGCUCAACCAAAAGAAGCCGCUAUGGUCAUGGUGAAGUUUUCAUCAACAUUAAGCGCCGCUCUGUGACAUCCUUUGAGAUGUUUCGGCAAACAAGUCCGACUCGGAAGCAGAAUUCAGUGAAAAUGACCUGCUUGUGCCAUUGACAUUAGCUCCGCUGGGUGCCGCUGUGUUUGAAAGAAAGCAGCUCUUGGGUUUGACAUUUGAUCCGCCGACCUUGCACUACUCCGAAAUCCGGCAGCGUUGGGUUUGGUAUGCAAUCGGUUUCGAAGAGCUGAGAUGAAGAGGGUUCUACUCGUGUCUAUGUUGGCGACGUUGGUGUGCACAUUGGUGGUCGCGUCGGUACUAGUGCCGCCCUGCAGAGCUGCACGAACCCUGCGAGACUCAGAUAGGAUCUUGACCGAAGCACAAGAUGAAUUUGAGAGGCGAUCAUCGAACUGGAAUGGACUAGAGUCUGGUCACGAUAUGGUGUCAACGUUUACAAACGCCGGCAAGAAAAAGGAAUGGGUUCGCUUCCGAAAGGAGCUAGUGAGCAUAGAAUCUGACUAUGGGGAUACCGUUGCAGUAGCAAACCCCAGUCCAGUGUUCGAUCCCACUGUCCCAUGAUCAAGUUUUACAGGCCCGUGAAUUACUGAGGCGCCGAGACAGAAGGAGGAGGCUAUGUAAGACCCCGAAUCCAAUGGUUGGACGAGCCGGCAGGAUUGCGUGGUGAUGUUCCGCACUGAGACCAGCUUCUGAAUCCAUGUCCACGAAAUCAUGGACUCUGUCGAUCCAUCGAAGCGGCCACCACCAGCGGUCUCGCUAGUGUACCAUUAUCUAACCCAGAAGACCAUUCUUACUGAUCCAAGUUGCAGGGGUUUUAUUCUCCUAGACAGUCGGAGCUCGCAUCGUGACACUGAUUUUUCUAGGCGUGGUCCCUACCAUCGUUUGUAUGCACACAACAUCAUCAACGCAACACAGAAUUCGGCUUGUGCGCAACCGUUUUCACCGCAAGCAAUCCACCGACACAACUGGUGGCCUCUUCCGACGCCACAGCUUAAAAAUACUUCGACCAGUGGAUGAAUGGAUUGUUGCUGGAUUAUGGAUGAGUGGAUGGAUGCAUAUGUAGUGGAUGUACGAAAUUAGUUGCAGAGGCUACAUAGUCGCUCAAGUAUGUACAAGUUGUGACAAAUAAAACUGUAAUUCUGCCUUGUGGAUUUAGCAUUAAA